AUGAUAAAAAAUUUAAUUGAAAAUGCAAAAUUAACAGCACAAAAGGUCAUGACCAAAGAAUAACAACAUAAAUAACAAUAAAAUGAAUCCUUUCCAACUUUUGACUAAUUGGCUUAUAAGAAUUAUAAUAUUCCGAAAGAUAAUUUAUGGUAAUACUCUAUUGAGGAUUACUCAAAUAUUCUACAUUAAAUGGAAGAUUAUAUUAAUAGACUUUAAAGAGGAUAUGAUGAUGUUUGUUAAUCAUUUAUGCCCAUGUUUGGUAAAUUUGAAAUGCUUGAAAAAGAAAGGAAAAGAAUGGCUUAAGAAUUAUAUGAAAAAGAGAAUCAUUGUAAGGAAUUAGAACAAGCAAUGAUAGAAAUGUAGGCUGAUGCUGACAAUGAACUAAGAAAGAAGGAGAUUAUUGAAUGCGAAUUAGAGUAAUCAAAAAAAGAAUUAUAAACUGUUUAAGCCUAAAUAAAUUGGAAUAACAAUUAGAUAGAUGACAAGGAAUUGUCAGAAAUUAAUGCUGCAUUUAUUGAUCUCGAUAAAAGUAAUGACGAACAAUAUAAAUAAAGAAUAGAUGCAUUACAAAAAGAAAUUCAAGAGUAUAUUUAAUUAAAUAAGGAAUAACUUCAUAAAAUAAAUUUAUAAGCCUAAGAAAUUGAUAAGCAGUGCUUAGAAUAUAGAUAAAUUAAUAGAAAUUAUAAUAUGGUAUUACAAUAGUUAGCUGAUUAAUAAUCAAAAAGUAGAUAAGAGAUUGAAUCUAAAUAAUAAUAAAUCAAUUUACUUAUUAAAGAAAACAAUAAAUUAAUUAGCUAACUAUAAUAAUUGGAUUAGCAGAAAACAAUAGAAUUAUAAAUACAAUUAGAAAAUACUAAAUGCAAGGAAGAAAUCCAAGAUCUCAAGAAAAUUAUACUAAAAAAAGAAGAAGAAAUUAAGGCACUCAAUAACUAAAUUCUAAUUGAAAAGCAAUAAUAAUAACAGCAGAAUGAUCUGAUUAAAGUACUGAAAGGGAAAAGAGAUAUGGCCAUCAGUGAAAUCACUUAAAUGCAAUCUAAAUAACUUUCAGAUACUUCAUAAACUAUAACUCAAUAAAGAUUAAAAUAAAUGAGAUUUUCAUUUCAAAAUAAACUGAUUUAAAUGAGAAAACAAUUUGAAAAUAUGUAUAAGUAGUAUUUAACAUUAAUAUGUAAACUUGAAGAUAAUAACCUUUCAAAUGAUUUAAUGAAAUUAGAAUCAAUAAUUAAUAAGAUUGUAAUAGACAUGUAAGACUUAGUAGAUGAGGUUGAAGAGUUAAUGGGUUGA